AUGGCGUUAAACUUUCUGCCAGGACAACCAAAUUAUACACAACAGACAGUAUGCCAGAGUUCAUGGCAAGACCAUACGCUAUUGACAUACUGCUCGGGAAAUAACUUAAUCAUUCUGUCAAAUGACUUUAGCCGUUUGCAAACACUUUACUUUGAUAAUGAUUGCGUCGCAGUGGACAUUGACGCUUCUAGUGGGCACAUAGCAGUGGCUGCUGGGCCUACGGUUAUCAUUUAUAAGCCUCUUCAUAGAGUUAUGAAAAACCCACGCUGGGUAUUCUGCACUAAGAUUUUCCACGACGAGUCAAGAGUGAACACCAUUAGUUGGGGUUUAAAUGGUGAUCUGGCUAUUGGUUCGGACUAUUUAUCUUUCUGGAAAAUACGAGAUGAGUUUGGCCAUUUCGAGCCGUCUUUACUGUGGACUAAAAAACAAUUUCACCCGGUAUAUCGAUGCGCCGUUUCUGAAGAUUCACAAGUCAUUGCUAGCAUGCACAAAUACAGUCACACCGUGAGGCUCUGGAAGCGCAUUUCUUUGGGUGACGACCGCGAACUAUUCGAUCUCACUCUUAUAUCACAUCCAGAUUUCGUCACCAGUUUUAGGUGGAAGCAUUCAAACAAUCUAUGCGAUAAAGAAAAAAACUCGCAUGUUUUUUAUACACUAUGCGCCGACAGUAAGCUCAGAAUAUGGUCUUAUCAUGAAACUAAUGGCCGAAAAACUGUUCAACAAUGGGGAGAGCUCGAACUAGAUGCUAAAAAAGAUCAGAAGUUCUGUCUUUUACUGGACAGCUGGCUGGUUCAGAAGGCGCUGCAGGGUAGUGACCUAGGCAAGACAAUCUACUAUACACAAAUACAUCCAGAUAUAGCCGUUUUGGCGAGCAAAUCGGGACAGCUGGAAUUUUAUGCCUUAGAAAACCUCUCCCAUGAUCCUCCAAAAUUAAUGAAUCACAAACUCAUUGCUUCUACAGUGGUAGCUGUUGAUGCUUUUGUCUAUAACCCUGAAUUUCUGUAUUUUGCAGAACCUCAAAUAUUAAGUGGGGAUACAGCAAGCCUUUCACUUAUUGUGCACGAUUUGAAAGGGGUAUUGCGCCAUUCAAGCCUUAAUCUCCAAAAUGUUUUAUCUACUAGGAAUGAAGCUCCAGCUAAACUGUUGCAUAAAUACACUGGUCACAAUAAAUCAAUCCAAAAACUUAUUAGAAGCAGCGACGGAAAGGCCAUGAUUAGCAUGUCGAGAUUCGCUGAAAACUGCAUAUGGGUUCCACAAACACUUUCCACUGGCGUUUCCUUGCGCAAGAAGAAUAUAAUUUACUCCGAAUCUCCAUUGAUUGAUGCUGUCGUGCUUGAAAGCGGAUCCCUCGUUGUAACGUUAUCGAAAAAUGUUAGAUUACAGGCAUGGAAUUGCUCUUCUAGUAAAGGAAGCAAAGACUCCCAGCUCAAAGCUGAAUACAAUCUCGAUCCCUUAAAAGGGGCUCCUCGCCUCAUGCUGAAUACACCUGAGAAGAAACAUCGCCACGAUCGUCAUUAUAUCGCAUUAAUCUACCCCUCGGGAGAUAUUUCGGGCUUCCUCAUUUCUUUCAAUGACGGAAUUGUUCCAGUGUCUUCUAAUGCUCUUGAUAUUAGUGGCGAAAAGAGUAUUUAUCUAAUUUCCGCAAUUGAUCCGGUGAACUAUGGUUUCUUUGCCAAUAGGUCACUUAUUUCGUUAAUUGACAAGAACGGCUUGAUAAAAACCUUUAAAUGCGUUGUUAAUGAAGACCAGCUUAAAUGGAAACUAACUUUUCAAGUACAAACCAAUCUUCGUAACACCGCUUUGAUAAGCGGAUCAUCUAUUGACAAAAUAUGUGUUGUUGACGAGUUGCGAAAGAGACUGACAAUCUGGGAUUUAAGGACAGCUUUUUUAGAGUACGAAAAGAAUUUUGACGAACAAAUAAGGGACAUUGAUUGGACCAGUACUAAAUUUCACCAAAGCAUAUUUUCUGCGGGGUUCAGUGAUCAUGUAUUGCUCUUUACUCAACAAAGAUACGAUUACACUAGCAAAAUUCCCAGCUAUUCUCCUGUGGCACAAAUAGAGCUUAAAGAGCAUACAACACAUUCUGUAGGUGACUCUAUUUGGCUUACAGAUGGAACUUUUGUAGCUGCAUCGGGGAAUCAGCUUUUCAUCAAAGAUAAGCAUCUUGACACUCGCGACAAAUUCACCAACCAAUCAAUCGGAUCUCGCAGAAUUCUUUCGAAUGAUAUAAUGCACUUGAGCAGUGUGUUAAAUGGUCCCCUUCCAGUCUAUCAUCCCCAAUUAUUGAUUCAGAGCCUUUACACGGGUAAGCUUAAACUUGUAAAGGAAAUUUUGCUGCGUUUGUUUUUGACAUUAAGAGCCCUUGAGUUCAAUUCAAAUGAUGUGGCAGAACUGGGAGCGACGCUGGGUAUUAGUUAUGAAAAGUUCAUUUGUCCCAAUGAAGAGUCUUACAUUACUGAUUCUUACUCUGAACCGUAUAACGAAUUCAACAGCUUAGUUUCAUGCUCCUUGAGAGAAAAGCUUGUUAAACAUGCUUUGCCAUUCAUUACUCGUCACCAACAGGCAACACUCAUAACUGUCAUAGAAGCAGUUGAGGACAUCGAGAAGAACAAACAAGCAUUAGACUUGCCGGGGAUGUUAUUUAUAUUGGGCCUCAAGCUAUUUGAGCUACAUCGGAAAACACAAAAAUCGAUUAACGUCCGGGAUGCCCUGUGGUCGCUCUACUCAAAAAACAAAAAAGUGUUAUUCUCUAGUGUUCUCCCAAAUAUUGACUCUUGGGAAAGAGCACGGCAGUACAAGAUUAGUUAUUGGGUGGAGCACGAUGACCUCGUCGCGUCAUUUGAUAAGAUAGCCAAACAUGCGUUUUCAAAGGGAGCCGAACGAGACCCCAAAAAUUCGGGCUUGUUUUACCUAGCUUUAAAGAAAAAGCAAGUUCUUCUCGGUUUAUGGCGAAUUAGUGCUGGUCACCCAGAGCAGCAUAAAAUGCUUAAAUUUCUAGGCAAUGAUUUUAGAGAAGAGCGAUGGAGAAAAGCUGCCCUAAAAAACGCAUUUGUUCUCUUGAGCAAGCAUAGGUUCAUAGACGCCGCCUGUUUUUUCUUGUUAGCAGACUCUCUCAAAGAUGCUGCUAACGUUAUUUUGAAGCAACUUGACGAUUUAGCGUUGGCGUUAGGGGUCUGUCGUCUGUACGAAGGUGAUUACGGUCCGGUCUCGAAAGACAUUCUACUCUCUUGCGUUCUUCCGGAAGCUAUUCUGAACAACGAUAGGUGGAUCACUAGUUUCAUCUAUCAUGCUUUAGAGAAACCAAACUUAGCACUAAAAGCACUUGUAAUGCCCCCCAUAGAUCUGGACGACAAUAAAAGUUUAGUUCGUCCAGAAGAUAUGGUAAGUCGAUCCUUUCUUGUUGAAGAUCCAGCUCUUUUAAUGCUCUUCAGACAUGUGAGAAGGAAGGACAAAACUUACUUAAAUGCUGCUGCAGAAGUUGACGAAACCUGGGAGUAUAAAACUAUACAAAAAGUUGCAGCUAUUUAUUGCAGGAUGGGGUGUGAUUACUUAGCACUUUCCUUAGUUGCGAACUGGAAAUUUCAGGACAAGACCAACAAACGUCACUCUAAGUUGCAUCUCGAGACAGAUCGGACAGGCGAUCUCAAUGGCAAUACCACCGAGGGGAAGCCUCAGAAGCUGAGAAGCAUAUUUGACAAAUUUGAUGACAUGUCUCGUCAAACUUCAGGCGCUACUCUUGAGCCGAUUAAGGAUAGCACUAAUGCUGCUAAGCCAAAAAAUUUACUCGACGGCUUUAACAGCUCUGAUCAAGGAAGCGCACAAACCUAUUUCCAACAAAACAAUGAGAGCGGUACCGAUCUUAGCAUAAACUCGCCCGAUAUAGUGGGAACAGAUCAUAACGGAUAUACCUCGGCUACAACCCCUACCUCUUUCAAAACGCAAAAUGCUAUAAGUAAUGAGAGUUCGAAAUUCGCAUUACCGAGCAAACCACGAAACUUAUUAGACGAUUUUUUUUGA